AUGCCUGCUGAGAGGCGUUCUCUACGAUCAAACAACAAGUCCGAUACCUCUUCAUCUGCUAACGGUGAAAAGGCAAGCUCGAACUCCCAGAGCUCCAGUGCUAAAGACAAAGCCGCACCCACGACCCGUGCCGCCGCCAACAAGGCCAAGUCGGCCCCGGCAAAGAAAGGCGCCGCCAAGGGCGCAUCGAAUAACGGAAUGGGGGAAGAAGAUCAGUCCCACGUGAACGGAUCGAAGUCGACAGAGAAUGGAGUGAAUGGUUCCGAGGAUGUUGAGAUGGGCGAGGAUACGGCAGGUGCGCCUACAUCCUCCUUCAACUCGAGUAAGGACCGGCAUGGUAACGAGAAGAUGACUGUUGUAGUGCCGCCGACCAAGGGCUCCAGAUCAUCCGGCAAGCCCGGUCAGGACAAGGAGGAGGACGUGACGAUGGAGGGUGCAGAGGACGAUGAUGCGGAGAAGGCCGAGCCUGAGGUUGACCCAACGACCAAGGCUAUCCAAGACAUCAAGACCAACUUCACCCUGCUCGAGCGAGCCGUCGCCCACUUCGAUCCCCGAUUUACCCUUCGCGUCCUACGGUCGAUAUCGUCGAUGCGGAAAUACAUCACCCCCGAGGUCCUCGCCGAGGUGAUUGUGGACACAUACCAGGCUUCUGAUCCGGCGGCUGUAUUCCUGCUCGGUGCCAUUAACCAGCCGAGUGCCUUUGAGAACGCCCCUGCGAUGGAGGUGGACUCGGAGAAGGCCAAGGCUGCACCCAAGGAGGUUCUGCCCGAGGUUGACACAUACCUGUCUAUCUUGGUGCAGAUCUAUCUGUUUGAUCAACGACAAAUCCAGAAGGGUGCCAAGUUCUCGACCGAGCUGAUCGAGCGCCUACGCACUGUUAACCGCCGGACAUUGGACUCUCUUGCAGCUCGUGUGUACUUUUAUUACUCUCUCUUCUUCGAGCAGAUUGCUCCACUUCCCCCCUCGCCUGCAGCUACCGUGACUACCAUCCGACAGCCAUUGCUGGCUGCACUGAGGACUGCUGUCCUGCGGAAGGAUGUUGACACUCAGGCCACUGUCAUGACUCUGCUUCUCCGCAACUACCUGUCCACCUCCCACAUCACCCAGGCUGAUCUCUUGAUCUCACACAACCGCUUCCCGGCUGCCGCAUCCAACAACCAGAUUGCCCGCUACCUAUACUAUCUUGGUCGGAUCCGUGCCAUUCAGCUGCAGUACACCGAGGCUCACAGCCACCUGAUUGGUGCUACCCGCAAGUCUCCUACCAGCAAUGUCGCUCGUGGUUUCUACCAGGCCUCUCAUAAGCUCCUUGUGGUGGUUGAGCUGCUGAUGGGCGAUAUUCCUGACCGCGCAGUCUUCCGCCAACCGGCUCUGGAGAAGGCUAUGCACCCAUACUUCCUGCUCGCCCAGGCUGUCAGCGUUGGAGACCUGGAUGGUUUCUUGAACAUUGUCAACACCCACAGUUCGACCUUCCGCAAGGAUGGUACCUACACUCUGAUCCUUCGCCUGCGCCAGAACGUGAUCAAGACUGGUAUCCGCAUGAUGUCGUUGUCCUACUCUCGUAUCUCCCUACGGGACAUCUGUCUCCGCCUGGGUCUGGAUAGCGAGGAGUCGGCCGAGUACAUUGUGGCUAAGGCUAUCCGUGAUGGUGUCAUCGAGGCCACGUUGGAUCACGAGCAUGGCUACAUGAAGAGUAAGGAGGUUGGUGACAUCUAUGCCACCCGGGAACCGGGCGAGGCGUUCCACGAGCGCAUUCGCGCUUGUCUGGCUCUCCACGAUGAGAGUGUCAAGGCUAUGCGAUUCCCGAUGAACCAGCACCGUCUGGAGCUGAAGAGUGCUCAGGAUGCUCGCGAGCGGGAGCGGGAGCUUGCCAAGGAGAUCCAGGAAGGAGACAUGGACGAUGAGGAUGCUGGCGGCGAUUUCGAUGCCAUCUAA